CCGAGGCAUGCUACCUCCCUCGGCACCAUAGAAUUUUCCAUAUAUAUAUAUAUAUAUUUCGUUUUACAUGUAUGCUCACCAGUCGCCAGUUCCCAAUCAAUUUCAGAACCACCGACAAAAUGAGAACGGAAAUGUGGAGAGCCGCUCAUCGACUUAUCAGCCAUCGUUCCAAGAACCUCUGUGAUCCUCGGUGGAACCCUAAUUUUCACAAUGCAAUUCACAGCUACUCUUCUGGGUUUACAUAUAAUUUUGGUAGAACCUGUAAGCCAUUUAACCCAUAUCUUAGACGUCAGGGGAGCGAUGUUCAGAUAUGUAUCUAUCCCACAAGAGAUUACAUUGAAAAUCUUCAUGGCUCUACUGAACUGUGUUAUGGAAAAUCUUUCAGAAUCCAGAACAGAUUUUAUGGUUCAGCCACUACAAAAAUACAGAGGAACCCCAUCUUUUCAACAAUAAAUUCUGAUGAUAUUAAUCAUUUUAGGGAGAUACUAGGAGAGAAAAAUGUUAUUCAGGAUGAAGAUAGGCUGUCUGCUGCAAAUAUGGAUUGGCUGGGGAAAUACAAAGGCUCAAGUAAGCUUCUGCUUCAACCUAGGAGCACUAAGGAGGUCUCUCAAAUCCUCAAAUAUUGUAAUUCCAGAUGUUUGGCUGUUGUUCCCCAAGGUGGAAAUACUGGUCUUGUAGGUGGAAGUGUUCCUGUUUUUGAUGAGGUGAUUAUUAAUAUUGGCUCAAUGAAUAACAUCAUAUCUUUUGACAAGGUCAGUAGUAUACUGGUAUGCGAAGCAGGAUGCAUAUUGGAAAACCUGAUUUCUUUCUUGGAUAAUCAAGGAUUUAUUAUGCCACUAGACUUAGGUGCAAAAGGAAGCUGCCAAAUUGGUGGAAAUAUUUCAACUAAUGCUGGAGGCCUGCGCUUGGUUCGUUAUGGAUCACUUCAUGGGAAUGUUCUCGGUCUUGAAGCUGUGUUAGCAAAUGGCACUGUGCUCGACAUGCUUGGGACUUUACGAAAAGAUAAUACUGGUUAUGACCUAAAGCAUUUGUUUAUAGGAAGUGAAGGAUCCUUAGGAGUUGUAACUAAAGUUUCCAUACUUACCCCUCCAAAGCUUUCUUCAGUAAAUGUAGCAUUCCUUGCUUGUAAAGAUUAUCUAAGUUGCCAGAAACUUCUACUGGAAGCCAAGAGGAAACUUGGGGAAAUUCUCUCUGCAUUUGAAUUUAUAGACAACCAGUCAUUCAAUGUGGUUCUGAAUCAUUUAGAAGGAGCCCGGAACCCAUUACCUCCCUCGAUGCAUAACUUUUAUGUUCUGAUUGAGACAACAGGAAGUGAUGAAUCUUAUGAUAAAGAGAAACUUGAAGCCUUCUUACUUCACUCAAUGGAAGGUGGUUUGGUAUCUGAUGGUGUUCUGGCACAAGAUAUAAACCAAGCAUCCUCAUUCUGGCAUAUUCGUGAGGGUAUACCUGAAUCAAUAAUGAAAGCAGGGGCUGUAUACAAAUAUGAUUUGUCAAUACCUGUUGAAAAGAUGUAUGAUCUUGUUGAGGAAAUGCGAGUACGGCUUGGUCAUUCAGCCAAAGUAAUGGGCUAUGGUCAUCUUGGAGAUUCCAACUUGCAUCUCAAUAUUUCAACACCACAGUAUGAUGAUGCUAUUUUAGCACAAAUUGAACCCUUUGUCUAUGAAUGGACAUCUAAACAUCAUGGGAGUAUUAGUGCAGAGCAUGGCAUGGGACUGAUGAAAGCUAAUAAGAUACACUACAGCAAGUCAGCUGAAACGGCAAGUCUCGUGCAACUAAUGGCUUCCAUCAAGAAGUUGCUAGAUCCUAAUGGGAUCCUCAACCCAUAUAAAGUUCUUCCAGGCUCCCUUGCUUCUUCCAGCUGAGGUACAGAACAUAACCCAAGACGCCUCUUCUCAUUCAUUAUGUUAAAUAAUAUUACUCUCUAAAGAGAGAUUUCACAGGAGCUUGUGAAAUUUAGAAUGUGUUGAAACAUAAGGAAAAGGAUAGUUUGAGACAUUCUGUCAGGAUUAAAUGUGACUUUGAUAUAUGACGAAGAAAUAAUAGUGCAAGAGGCAGAUGUACUCAUAUUUUCUUCAUUGGAAUUGCUAUGAUUAAAUAAUAUUAUUGUUUAAGGUACUAACUGCAGUA